AUGUUCCCUAGUAACCUAAGAGAAAUUGUUGAAGCAACCUAUGAAAAAGCAGUUGCAAACGGUCAUGUCAAAUUCACCGAAUCAUCCUCUAAAAAGCUAAAGGAUGUAGAUGCAGGAAUUUCAUAUCAGGUAACUUUUGCACCAUCCCUUCAAAGCAAGCCGGAAAGGUUACCUAUUGCUAUCGACGAAAACGGUGCCCCUAUACCAAAGAAAGAUCCGUUCGCAGAACCUGAACCUGAAUUAACAAUUCUCGAUGAUUGUGCCGGUGAUUAUAAGUUAUUACUGAACAAAUACCCAGUUGCCGCAAACCAUUUGAUACUAGUAACGAAAAAGUACUUGUUGCAGACAGCUCCUUUAAGUCCCAAAGAUUUGUUAACUACUUAUAAAUUAUUGCAAGAAUUAGAUGACGAAGAUGAGAUGUUGAGACAUUUGGCCUUCUAUAACUGUGGCCCAAACAGUGGUUCUUCUCAGGAUCACAAGCAUCUUCAAAUCCUUCCAUUACCUUAUAAAUUCGUUCCUUACCAGGAUAAGUUAUGUAGUGGUAAAGAACAUUUCAUUCCGAACGCUAAGACUGAACCUUUACAAGAUGCAAAAAUCCCAUUUGCACACUACGCCGUUCCAUUACCUGAGGAUCCUGAAAAAGUGGAUGAAGAUCUACUAGCAAUGACAUUUGUAUCAUUGUUGCAGAGAACUUUAUCUAUGUUCCAGGAUUGGGAGGGAAGUAACGCAGAAAAAUCAAAUGACGAUGAGGCCAGUAUUCCGGCAUAUAACGUGCUGAUGACAAAAGAAUGGCUAUGUUUGGUGCCUAGAUCGAAGGCAUUUGCAGAAACUCCUAGUAUUGGCUUCAAUGCUACUGGAUACGCGGGUUUAGUGUUGGUAAAGUGGGAUGAGACUUUGAAAGUCCUCAAUGAAAACCCAUCGGCUGUGACCAAAUUGCUAUUAGAGUGUUCCUUCCCUAGCACUGCAGGCGCUAAACCAACAGAAUAUCACUAUUGA